AUGCCGCGCAUGAAAGACCCUAGACCUAAAAAAGGAUUUUUUAGAGAAUUAGCGAGGCGUCGAGGAUGGGGAUAUCCCGACAUUUUGCGUUUUGGCGGUUCUGUUCUUCCAAGUUGUGCACCUAUCACCUUCUUCUCUGUAUCACUUACAACCGCUGUGACUGUGUUGUAUAUGGUCUACGAUGUAGAUCUUGCUCUUCCAGAUGUCUUGAUUGGCUCCGUAUCAGUGGUGGUUGGUCUUCUGCUAGCUUUUCGUACAAAUAAUGCUUAUGAUAGAUAUUACGAAGGGCGUAAACUGUUUAAUAGUAUGUGUACCGUAGUCAGAAAUUGCACACGUGAAACGUGGGUUGGGAUCAUAGAACGUGAUCCAAAAGAUCAUAUCGAGAAAGAGAAAUACAUCAAACUCUUAUUGGCAUAUGUAGUCGCCGUCAAGCAUCAUCUUCGAUUGGAAUUUGGCACGGAAUGGUUUGAUUUACAGGAUCUUCUUCCUGAAGGUUUUCAAUUAACAUAUUUUGACGGUAACGCAGUACAAGAAAAUGCUGAUGUUGGGGAUGAAGGUCCAGAAAAUCACGAACAUAGUAGAGAGGGUUUGCCAUGUGUGAAUUCGACACUUCGUACUCUUGCCAGUAGAGUUCCUCCUACCACUUACAACUAUAUCCGUACUUCUUAUACACCUGAUGAAAGUCGUAUGUGGUUUGGUCAGGAUGAGUGGGGCGGUGAUGUAGAUGCGAGUAUGAGUCUUCCGCUAGAAAUCGUAUUCCACUUAGGUUUAUAUUUUAACCAAAGCUUACGAGAAGGCAAGCUAGAAGGUGUUUAUUUCGGUAAUUUGUGCGGAGGCUUAAAUUCACUUAUCGAUAUAUUGGGCAACCUUGAAAGAAUUGGGAAUACACCGAUACCAUUUGCAUAUAACGUGCAUUUAAAACAAGCGGUCUCUCUAUAUGUAUGGUCAUUACCAUUUGCUCUGGUUUCUAAGUUGGAGUGGUUUACAAUUCCGGUUAUGCUGAUUGUUUCUCUUGCUCUGUUUGGUGUUGAAGCUAUUGGUGCCGAGAUUGAAAAUCCAUUUGGGUAUGACAAGAAUGAUCUCCCAUUGGAUGAUUAUUGCAAGGAUCUGGAAGCCGAAAUCAAAUACUUACAACGUCACCUUCCCUCAAAGAAAGAUAAUCUACGGACAGCAUAG